AUAGCUGCAGUAAAAAUGAUGUAUACAUCAAGCAUCCUGUAAUAAAAAAUAAACAUUGUAACAAUAGCUUGAGAAUAUAAGAAGCACCAGCACCACUGUAGAGAGAAAACAUUGUAACAAUAGCUUGAGAAUAUAAGAAGUACCAGCACCAAUGUAGAGAGAAAACAUUGUAACAAUAGCUUGAGAAUAUAAGAAGUACCAGCACCAAUGUAGAGAGAAAACAUUGUAACAAUAGCUUGGUAUUAUAAGAAGUACCAGCACCAGAGAUAGACAAAACAUUGUAACAAUAGCUUGGUAAUAUAAGAAGCACCAGCACCACUGUAGAGAGAAAAUACUUCAGUGUUCUGUGUUCUGAAAUUUAUUAUAAAUCAACACUUUUUCAGCAUGAUUAAGAAUUAAUACAAAAUAAAACUUAUAUCAAUAUAAACUAUUUCAAAACUGAAAAGUUUUAUAAAGAAACAUUUAAAUUCAUAUGCAGUAUUAGAGAACCUUUUAUGGGAAGUACUUUGCUGUUGGAGAAGCACUCAUGAUCCAUUGAAUUAGAGCUUUACUCUCCUCAAAUCAUCACUUUUUCUUCCCAACACACUGAAUGACCCAUGUGAAUUUAUCCCUUGCCCAUGUUUAUAAUACAGUAAUAAUGCAAUAUUAGAGAAAUAUUGGUUUUUGUGUCAUUUACUGUUCACAAAUAAUAAACAUUCCAUAAUUCACGUGAAAGAUUACAAAGACAGUGUUCGCUAUGCCUAUAUUAUUUUAAAAAUAACGUGCUCAAGCCAAAUAAAUUAUUUUUCACCUAGAAGAUUAUUAAGUCAGUGAUGAAUAUGUCAGAAAAAAAUGAAAAAGAAUGUGUUGAAGCAACACAACAUACACUUCACCCAGAAGACCAACUAUGUCAGUAUUCACACUGUCUGAAAGACCUUUCACAAGAAUCUCAGCAGGUAUCUGUGAUGAAUAUACAUAAAGGCAAGAAAACACUUCAGUGUACAGUUUGUCUAAAACAGUUUUUUAAAAAAUCUCACUUGGAAUCACACAUGAAAACUCAUACAGGAGAGAAACCAUUUGAGUGUUCAGAAUGUCUAAAAGUCUUCUCAAAAAAAUUUAAUUUAGUACAACACAUGAGAAUUCAUACUGGAGAGAAACCAUAUCAAUGUUCAGAGUGUCUAAAAACCUUUUCUGUAAAAUCCAAUUUUGUACAACACAUGAAAAAUCAUACUGGAGAGAAACCAUAUCAGUGUUCAGUGUGUCUUAGAGACUUUUCCCGAAAAGCUGAUUUAGUCAAACAUAUGAGAAUUCAUACUGGGGAGAAACCACAUCAGUGCUCAGAGUGUCUCAAAAAAUUUUCACGCAAAUUUGACUUAUUAAAUCACAUGAAGAUUCAUACUGGAGAGAAAUCAUAUCAGUGUUCAGUGUGCCUAAAAGACUUUUCCCAGAAAACAUACUUAAUAAAGCACAUGAGAAUUCAUACUGGAGAGAAACCAUAUCGAUGUUCAGUAUGUCUAAAAGAGUUUAACCAAAAUUCUGGUUUAAUACAACACAUGCGAAUUCAUACUGGGGAGAAACCAUAUCAGUGUUCAGUAUGUUUAAAAGACUUUUCCUUAAAAUCUAAUCUUGUACAACACACGAAAAUUCACUCUGGAGAGAGACGAUAUCGGUGUUCAGAGUGCAUGAAAGAUUUUUCUCAAAAAGCUAGUCUAAUAAAACACACAGAAAUUCAUACUGGGAAGAAACCAUUUCAGUGUUCAGAGUGUUUGAAAGACUUUUCACGAAAAUCAGAUUUAAUAAAACACAUUAGAAUUCGCACUGGAGAGAAACUGUGUCAGUGUUCAGUGUCCAAAAAUCUUUUCUCGUAAGUUUGAUUUAUUAACUAUUAAGGUGUCUGCCACAUGAGGGUACAUGCAAACUGUUAAAAUCAGUGACAUACUGGUACUCAUAAUUCAUAUUGUGUUUUUAUUUACCACGAGUAGCAAAUUUAGGCUUAAACAUUAGAAAAGAGGCUUGUGCACUUGGUGUGUGCAGUAUACAAAAAAGUUUUGCCCCACAUAGAGUAUGAAGGGGAAUAUCUCACAUCUUAGUCUUUGCAAACCAUGGUUUUCAUAUGUGAAUCUCUCACUCCCACCAUAAUUUACAACUUAUUAUCAACACAAUUUGGCAUUAACAGAAUAGUGGUUCUGAUGUUCAUAAAUGGGGAGAAAUCAGAGUGGGGAUAUUGACAAUGUACAUGAGCAACAUACAUGAGGAAAUAAAUAGCGACAUAAGCAAAUUUAUUGAAGACAUUAAAAUAGGACUUCAAAUUAAUCCUUAAACCAUGUCCAGUGUACUAGUAUGCAAAUGCUGCUUUUGAGUACAAUGUACUAGUAUGUGCAUUGUUUUGUACCCAUAAAUCUGCCACUUUCCAAUAAUUCUGACUUCAUCACAACUCUUUGGGUCUCCUGUCUAUUCAUACAUUUGAAAAAAAUUAGGGUCAGCAGGAUCCACACAGUGUAUCAUGGUUUACUACUCAGGUGAUGACUGUACGUCCAACAAAUUAAUACACUAACUUGCAAAAGUAAACCAGGAAACUAGGGGCUGUUGUUCCACCACUAGCUUCCCUACCAGCAAACAGGGUGUGAAGAUGGCACAAAGAUGACUUAUUCAUUCCAAAUUUAUUAGUUUCAUGAUAUUAACAGUGGAAUUCAGCCAGAAAACACACUUGGUUCUGUGAUACCUCGAUAUUCAAACUUAAUCCAUUCCAGGAUGCUGUUUGAAUAGUUGUAUGAAUAUUAAUUUUUUCAUACGAAAUAUUUUUUCUGAAGCGGUUAACAACAUUGUCAUUGAAGAAGUGGCUAACGCGACGGGCUGGAGUUUUGAGACUCUAUGACCGCGGGUUCAAUCCCGGCCGGGGGUAUGGUUUAAGUUGAUGUUCCUCUUCACAACAGUAAUGUUAGGAUGCCGUUAUUUCACCAGGCUCUGUGUUCGAGUCCAGUGGUAACACAGUUCCUUAAUUUUGGCAUUGGAAAUGUUGCUCUUACUGCUUCCCUCCUCUGAAGAAGAAAUAAUUUCUUCAACCACCUAUUCUUGUGCAGGCCUUGAAGUUCUUCUGUGAUGAGCUCAGUCUUGUGAUCCUCCACCAGCUCCUCUACAUACAUCCUCAUCGUCCAUUUCCAAACCCAUGGACUGGCCCAGAGAAACAAUAUCCUUCACUACAGGCUCUGCCUCAAAGCCUUCAAAAUCUCUGACUGACACACAGUCUGGCCACAGUUUCUUCCAGGCAGAGUUCAUUAUCCUGAAAGAAAUUUCCUCUAGGCUUUGUCCAUUAUCCUUAAACACUCGAGGAUAUUAAAAUUGUUUUUCUAAAAUUCCCUAAGGUAAGCUCUGUUUCAUAGGUCACUUCAAAGCACCUUUUAAACAGUGCUUUUGUAUUAGCAUCUCUUAAAACUUGAAAUUACCUGCUGGUUCAUUGGUUGGAUAAGAGGAGUGGUGUUAGGGGGCAAGAACUUCACUUUAAUGAAGCUGUAUUCAUCCACUAAAUUUUCCUUCAAGCCUGGAGGGUGAACAGAAGCAUUAUCCAUUGACAAGUGCCCAUAACCCUUAAACGGUCCAAACGUAUAUAUACGUUCUUACGUGUAGCGCCCCAAACGUAUAUGUUUUAUUUUUCCUGCCUUCAAAUUUGGCACGAUUGGCCUGAGAUACCUUGUCAGCAUGGAAUGGGUCCUAACACUCGGUGUGCUCGGUAUUAAAAAAAUGUGGGACCACUUAGUACCUUGUGGGAGCGCCAGUUAAAUUGAGCGCCAGCUAGAGCAAACAGUGUGGCAAACACCAAGGAUUCACUGAUGUAAUGUCAUAUUAACACUCCUCUUUUAAGAGGAAAGUGAUGUUAACCCCAAGUUUAGGAUCUGUCUAUCUCUUUCUGUCUAUCUCUGUCUCUGUCUACCUCUGUCUAUCUGUGUCUGUCUUUAUCUGUCUCUGUCUCUAUUUGUCUUUGUCUAUCUGUCUCUGUAUCUGUUUCAAUUUGUCUCUCUCUUUCUAUCUGUCUGUCUAUCUCUGUCUCACAGGUACACAUAAAUACAAGUAUACAUAGUGUAAAUUACCUAGGAUAACCCCCAAAAAAUCCAGACAAAGUGCUAUAUUCUGCUUGAAGUUGUGAGUAAAGGUGAUGACGCAGUCUUGUGGCUCUCUCUGAGACAGAGAGUUAGACAAAUAGAUAAACAGGGAGCUUGACAGACAGACAAAUAGACAGGGAGCUUGACAGACAGACAAAUAGACAGACAGGCAUGUUUGUGUACCAGCAAAAACAAAGUGAGGGUGAUGCUCAUCAAAUGGCACUUCUAAUCUUGUCUUAUCACUGUACCCUCGAGUAUGCUCAUCAAAAAUCUGCUCUUAUCAGAUGUUAUCUCAUCAUGUCACUGUCAGGGGUGGACUUAGUUUUUUAUGCUUCAAGGCAAUUUAUUAUUACUUAUUAUUAUUAUUAUUACCUAUUCUCCUCCUCCUCCUCCUCCUCCUCCUCCUCCUCCUCCUCCU